UGAUGAUGAUGAGGAGGAUGAGGAGGAGGAAGACUUUGAUGAGGAGGAGCUGGAUGAUGAAGAGGAGGAGGAGUGUGCUGUGUGCGGUGAGGAGGGUUGUGAGGAGUGUGGAGCCGGUGAGGAGGAGGAGUUGGAAGAUGAGGAGGAGGAGGAUGAGGAGAUCUGUAACGACUGCGAAGAGGGAGAAUGCGCUCGACAUGCAGAGGAGGAGAUGGAUGAGGAGGAUGAGGAGGAGUUUGACGAUGAAGAUGAAGAGGAGGAGGAGGAGGAAGAGGAGGAAGAAGAGGAGGAAGAAGAUCUAGAGGAGGAGGAGGAGGAGGGGGCGAUUCUGGCACUGGACGAGGGGAGUGGUGGUGGCGAGAGCGACACCGAGGGUGGCAAACGCAAGGCUGCCUCCCUGCUACGGUGCCGCCAGGCCAAGCGCGCGCGCGGCUUGGUGCAUCCGCACCUGCUGCCUGCGGUGUCGCCAUGGCGACAGCGCGCCCUGUCGCCACGGCGACGCGUGCUGCUGGACUGUUCUGCGGUGUACGUGGGAGGAGAAGAGCACCGUCCAGCGGGGCCCGUCACGGUGUCGGUGAUUUCAGUGGACAUUCCAUUAGCAGUGGGUGAGGGGCGUGCCCCCCGCGUGCUCUCGCUGCCCGCGCGCUCCCUCUGUUCAUGCUCUGUGAACACGGCAGAGCCGCAGGGCCCCAGCCUGCUGCUCGCCCUGGAGCCGAGCCUGGCGCUCAACGUCCACUCACAGCUCCUCAGCUGGGCUGGCCUGGACAGCGUGGAGGCGACUGAGCCUCCCGAGCGCGUCGUGACACUGGUGGUGGAGGCGCCGCUGCCCCCGGCGUCGCUGCGCCUGCUGCAGGAGCUGCUGCUGGAGGUGGCGCGCCGGAACGGUGGCCCCCCGCCCCCCCAUCACCACUUCUCGUCGUCGUCGCGCAUGCCGGGGGGCCUGGCCCCCCACUCACCGCUGGCGCCGCACCCCCCCUCGGCACAUGGUGCCUUGGCGCUCACCCCCGCCCAUCAACACCACCAGCAGCACCAUCAUCACCAUCAUCACCAGCACCAUCAGCACCAUCAGCACCAUCAGCACCAUCAGCAUCAUCAGAAUGCCGUGGCUGCGUACGUCGCGGCCGGGUUUGCGGAGCCUCCCUACGGACCUGGUGGGGGGCGCCCACCACAUGGAUUCCAGCACGGGGUGGGAGUUCCGUGGCCGGCCGACUUCUCCGUUCUGCAGCUGCGCCAGGGUGGGCACUACGCCAGCGAGUUGAUGCCGGCGGCCUCGUCGUCGUCGCCAGCGCCGCCCUUCGCAGUGCCUGCCGACAGCCAGCGCAGCAGCAGCAACAUCCCUGUGCAGAGGCUCAUCAUCUAUCCCCCGCCGCCCACCAAGGGUGGCCUUAGUGUUACCACGGAGGACCUCCUCUGCCUGGAGCCCGGAGAGUUCCUUAAUGACAUCAUCAUCGACUUCUACCUCAAGUUCCUCGUGAGUAGUGAGCGCAUGAGCCGUGAGGACUCGGACGGGAUCCACGUAUUCAGCACCUUCUUCUACAAGCGCCUGCUGCAGACGGAGCGCGUGCUCACAGAGCACAUGGCCAGCCUCACCCUGGCCCAGCGGCGGCAUGCACGCGUGAGGACGUGGACGAGGAGAGUCGACCUUUUCAAGAAAAACUUCAUCUUCAUCCCCAUCAAUGAGGAGCAUCACUGGUUUCUCGCUGUUGUCUGCUUCCCGGGCAUGGAGUCGCCGACGUUCGAACCAAACCCCAACCAUCACGAGCCGAGCCCAAGCCAUGGAGAGCAAAGCCCAGGGUGUGGAGAGCAGAGCCCGAUCCACGGGGAGCAGAGCCCCAAGUGUGGAGAGCAGAGCCCUAAGCUUGGAGAACAGAGCCCCAAGCUUGGAGAACAGAGCCCCAAGCGUGGAGAACAGAGCCCCAGGCGUGGAGAACAGAGCCCCAAGCGUGGAGAACAGAGCCCCAAGCGUGGAGAACAGAGCCCCAAGCGUGGAGAACAGAGCCCCAAGCUUGGAGAACAGAGCCCCAAGCUUGGAGAACAGAGCCCCAAGCUUGGAGAACAGAGCCCCAAGCGUGGAGAACAGAGCCCCAAGCGUGGAGAACAGAGCCCCAAGCGUGGAGAACAGAGCCCCAAGCGUGGAGAACAGAGCCCCAAGCAUGGAGAACAGAGCCCCAAGCUUGGAGAACAGAACCCCAAGUGUGGAGAACAGAGCCCCAAGCUUGGAGAACAGAGCCCCAAGCGUGGAGAACAGAGCCCCAAGCGUGGAGAACAGAGCCCCAAGCAUGGAGAACAGAGCCCCAAGCUUGGAGAACAGAGCCCCAAGUGUGGAGAACAGAGCCCCAAGCUUGGAGAACAGAGCCCCAAGUGUGGAGAACAGAGCCCCAAGCAUGGAGAACAGAGCCCCAAGCGUGGAGCACAGAGCCCCAAGUGUGGAGAACAGAGCCCCAAGCUUGGAGAACAGAGCCCCAAGUGUGGAGAACAGAGCCCCAAGCUUGGAGAACAGAGCUCCAAGCUUGGAGAACAGAGCCCCAAGUGUGGAGCACAGAGCCCCAAGCGUGGAGAACAGAGCCCCAAGCGUGGAGAACAGAGCCCCAAGUGUGGAGAACAGAGCCCCAAGCAUGGAGAACAGAGCCCCAAGCGUGGAGAACAGAGCCCCAAGCGUGGAGAACAGAGCCCCAAGCGUGGAGAACAGAGCCCCAAGCGUGGAGAACAGAGCCCCAAGUGUGGAGAACAGAGCCCCAAGCCCGGAGAACAGAGCCCCAAGUGUGGAGAACAGAGCCCCAAGCGUGGAGAACAGAGCCCCAAGCGUGGAGCACAGAGCCCCAAGCUUGGAGAACAGAGCCCCAAGCGUGGAGAACAGAGCUCAAAGCGUGGAGAGCAGAGCCCCAAGCCCGGAGAACAGAGCCCCAAGCCCGGAGAACAGAGCCUCAAGCAUGGAGAACAGAGCCCCAAGUGUAGAGAACAGAGCCCCAAGUGUAGAGAACAGAGCCCCAAGCCCGGAGAACAGAGCCUCAAGCAUGGAGAACAGAGCUCCAAGCGUGGAGAACAGAGCCCCAAGUGUGGAGAACAGAGCCCCAAGUGUAGAGAACAGAGCCCCAAGCCCGGAGAACAGAGCCCCAAGUGUGGAGAACAGAGCGCCAAGCUUGGAGAACAGAGCCCAAAGUGUGGAGAACAGAGCCCCAAGUGGGGAGAACAGAGCCCCAAGCGUGGAGCACAGAGCCCCAAGCAUGGAGCACAGAGCCCCAAGCGUGGAGCACAGAGCCCCAAGUGUGGAGAACAGAGCCCCAAGCGUGGAGAGCAGAGCCCCAAGCGUGGAGAGCAGAGCGCGAGCCUCGGAGAGCUGAGCCCGGAGCGCGUAGAGCAGAGCCCGCAGCGUGGAGAGCCGAGCCCCAGGCGCGGAGAACAGAGCCCGGAGCCCGGAGAGCAGAGCCCGAGGAGCCAAGAGCAGAGCCCUGUGACCUCCCACAGCACCAGAAUUAGGGAAUGGCGGUGGCACUCGUAAUGAC